AGCCUCGUUGUCAUGGUGCUGUUGGUUACUUAGAUACUGUUGCGAUGGAGGUCAAACUUCAUCCCAUAAAGAGGUAACGCUGUUGCAGAGUGGUUUGUUUUCUUAACGUGCUUCCACAAGCUUGUGUUGAAAACGAGUUAAGCAAUGUGUGUCUGCUAGCUCAGGAUAUCAGCAGUGUGAAUAGCUCUUAUCUUUAUGCUAUUUGGGAGUUUAAUGUCAUAGCUAGGUCAUAUGAAAUUUAUAUAUUUCAUGAAACAUUUGAGUAGAAGUAGCAGUGCUACUGCAUCAUCAUCACCAUCAUCAUCAUCAUCAUCAUCAUCAUCAUCAUCAGCAUCAUCCUCCUGGACAUCAUUUGACCUGACAGGAAGUUAAACUUUAUAAUUUAACAAAGCUCAGCCAUGAGGAAACUUUGGACCAGAGCAGGUGUUUUAGGUUCGAUGUCAGUGGCUUUUGGUUCAAUGCUGUGGUCACAGAAGAAGACUGAAUCGGACCAGUUUGCUACCAGUUGCGCCUCUUCUGACACAAAUCCCGGUUCUUCCUACGAACUAAAAUUGGUCCAAGUCCUGUUCCGACAUGGUGCUAGAACGCCACUUAAGUCAAUACCUGAUGUGAUGGAGGUCCAAUGGGUGCCAACGCUCUUGGAGCCUCCAGCACACACCCACAUCGACUAUGAAGUGACAGAUCUCCAGGGUGGCCCCAGGCCCCCAGCUCCUGUAGAAGAAAGCUAUCGAAAAAACAUACUGACCGGUGGCACGUACCCCGGUCAGCUGACCACAGUGGGCAUGCAGCAGCUGUAUGAGCUGGGCAAGAGGCUGAGGAAGAGAUACAUUGAGGAGAGUCACUUCCUAAGCUCCACCUUUAGUCCAGCUGAAGUCUAUGUGCGCUCCACUAACAUUGUGAGGACCAUUGAAUCUGCGAAGUGCCUGGUAGCAGGGCUCUUCCAGCAAAAACAAAAAGAAACUGUGCCUAUAUUAACAACGGAGUCAGGAUCUGAAAUCCUGUAUCCUAACUACCAUGGAUGCAAGCUGCUCAAAAUCCUUGGCAGCCACCGCUGGGCAGAGUCGGCCACUCUGCCAGACAUUGCAGCAGACCUGCAGAGCAUCCAGAUCGCGUUGGGCAUCGCUGCUCACCAGCACAUCGACUUCAUCCUCAUUAGGGACGACAUGGUUGCCAGAGAGACGCACGGCCUGCCAUGCCCAUCAGUGCUGGACACCUGGAGGAAUAAAGUGGAACAGAGAGCUGUGGACAUGAUGUGCCAUGUGUUUGAACCCAGCAAGAGGGAGAACUUGCAGCUGUGUGUGGGACCCGUCCUGCACACAUUUCUAUCCAACAUUGAGGAGAAACUACACGGCACCUCGUCAGAGCCAAACAGGAAGUUGUUUUUGUACUCUGCACAUGACACCACUUUGAUUCCCAUUCUGAUGGCUCUGGGGAUUUUUGACAUGAAAUGGCCACCGUAUGCGGCCGAUAUCACUUUGGAGCUGCACCAACACCGGCAGACCAACAAGUCCUUUGUUAAAGUGUCAUACGUAGACCAGGAUCAACUUAUACCAGGUUGUAGUGGAGUCUACUGCCCCCUGGAGGAGUUCAAACAGGUCCUCUCAACACACUCGCUGAGCACUGAACUCUACCACUCACUUUGCAACAGCGCAGAGGGCCGGACCGAACCCUGAACACCUCAACAAACCUUCACAUCUCAACACAGCUCUACCCAUGACAUUAACACUCUGACAUUCUCCGUUCUCACUCUAUUCAGCCAUCAUCACCAGGGAUGCUUUCUUGUAUUACAGCCUCUUUUGGAGAUCUUUCAGUUCAUAUUAAAUCAUGUCAUUUCCUCAGGGGAAUACUAAACAAUUCAUGUACUGUAUAUCUAAUGCUGGGCGUUGUAGGUGAAUGUCUUCAUAACUAUGCAGAAUCUGCACAAGUGGAAUGAUUCGGCUACAUCAUGUUUUUAAGAGUGAAAAAAAUUAGGUUGCCUUCUUGUGGGGAUUUGUUGAUAGCAUCAGACCACAAUAUGCAUUAAAUACAUGCCCAUUAUAAAGACCUGUGUUGCUGUUACUAUAACACACACAUUGUACCUCAUCAGUGGGAAUACCCUGUGACCUGUUGCUUAAAGUAUUAUGGUUUGGAUUGGUGAGUCAUAAAUAAAGAGUUUGAUCAAUGUCAA